UCGUCAACUCGCUGGCCAGACCCCGUCGGCUCUUCAUCUCCGCUCCUCCUCCUCAAGUCGACCUUCCAGGCGCACGCGUGCCGGCUUCCUCGUGACCAACAACAACAUAGCAGCAGCCCGCGGGGCUGCGUAGACGAGUUCCUGGAGCACCUCGUCGGAACUGUCCCGCGCGCGAAGCGGGCGACGCACGCUAUGUGGGCGUGGAGAGGCUCCUCGCCAAGCACGCCGGGGACCACGGCUCAUAGCGUCAAAACGGGUACGGCGGUCCCCUCCGGCAGCUCUGACGGCGGGGAAUCUGGCGCGGGAGACCGUCUGGCGCAGCUGCUGGAGCUCUCGAGAUCCGAGGACGUGAUUCUGGUCGUGUUCCGGUGGUAUGGCGGUGUGCAGCUUGGCGGGCAAAGGUGGAAGUGUAUUUCGGCGGUCGCGAAGGAGGCGCUGGAGAAUGGCGGGUUCUUGGGUAAUGGACGGGAUGGGGGGGAGAGUGAGCGUUUGAGAGGCAAGGAGAAAGGGCGGUCCCGCGGAAAG